AUGGAUCGUAGUUGGAUGAAUGCUAAUCGUUUAAGUGAAGUGUAUCAGAAAGGUGUGGAAGAAUUUUUAGAAUUUGCUUUACAAAAACUUCCCAAAAAUGAAGGAAAGUUUUAUUGUCCUUGUGUUAAAUGUUUAAAUGGAAAUCAGUUACAGUUUGAAGAAAUAAGAAAUCAUCUUAUUUGUUAUGGAAUAUGCCAAACUUAUACAAAAUGGAUAUGGCAUGGUGAUUCGUUAAACAUGACAAAUGUAUCAGAAAGAGAAGAAGUUCGUGAAGAUAUGGACAAUCGGCUUGAGAACAUGAUUCUUGAUAUUGGACAAGAGUCUUUUCAGCGUGCACAUGUUUUUGAUAGUUUGUGUAACGACAAAGAAGAGGCUUUGUAUCCGGGAUGCACACGGUUGUCUGCGGUGCUGAGAUUGUUCAACUUGAAAGCUUAUUUAUAA